AAGGAAGGAGGCAGCAUCUAAGCGGGAGGGAGGAGCACUUGGUGGAUGGCAUUUGGUUUGCUGUCUUUGGAACUUCUUGUCAAGCAGGAAAAUCUUACGGACAAUUAACAGUGGAACCCUUACACUGCAUUAUACAGGGAGGGUUUGUUUUUUUCUCGAUGGAAUUGAAUUAAUUGGAAUAUUAUCCGAUCGUCCGUCCAGCUGGCCUAGCAACCUCCAACUGAGAAAUUAUAAUGAGGAAGCCUUUAAACGGGCUAGACCCCGGAAUUCGACUGAUGGGCCUCCACAGGAUUUAAAGGGAAAGGCAACAUGCAAACCAAUCGGUGAACCAGUGUGGCCUGCCAGACCCCCGCCCUUGUAGUUAACAGCAGCAUCAGCCUAUCUUUGGGUGGGGGGGAUUGAGGAUAUUUCCACUCUGCCUCAGAACCAAACAUGAUGAAGUCCUUCUUAUCAAGAAGAAGUCGAGACACCAUGGAUUGGUCCGGCUCUGUCGGCCUUCCCAGACCUCCUCUAAGCUGCAUGAGGCAUCACUAUCAGGGUGUGAGAAGAAAACUGAGGCCCGGGAGAAUUCUUGGCUUCAUCCUUAGCCUGGCGGUGGUAUGUACGGUGUGUUCAUGGAGUGCCUUGUCUCUUGUCACCACGGGGGUGCCCAUUGAGCCAAAUUCUGAGGGACCUGAAGAUGCAGACUUGCCCCAAAGAACUCUCCUGGAGCACCAGAAUGUCUCUGACGCUGGGGCCCAGCAAACAUCAGAAAUUGAGAUGAAUCACGGGGACUACCCAACAGACUACUUCAGUGUGGAGGACAGACGUCAAGGCUUUGUGGUGUUUCAUAUGAUUGGCAUGUUGUACAUGUUUAUAGCCUUAGCCAUCGUGUGUGAUGAAUUCUUUGUCCCGGCACUGACUGUCAUUACCGAGAAGCUUGAGAUCUCUGAUGACGUAGCAGGAGCCACCUUCAUGGCUGCGGGUGGCUCAGCUCCAGAACUGUUCACCUCCGUCAUAGGAGUCUUCAUCUCCCACAGUAACGUGGGCAUCGGUACCAUCGUUGGCUCUGCCGUCUUCAACAUCUUGUUUGUGAUUGGGAUGUGCGCUCUCUUCUCCAAAGAGGUGCUGAACCUCACCUGGUGGCCUCUGUUCAGAGACGUCUCCUUCUACAUCAUCGGCUUGCUCAUGCUCAUCUACUUUUUUCUGGAUAAUCAAAUCACACUGGUGGAAAGUAUCAGCCUGCUAAUGUGCUACUGCACCUAUGUGACUUUCAUGAAGUUCAAUGCCAAAGUGGAACAGGUCAUCAAAAGACAACUGGGCAGCAACCAGGUUGACAUCAUGGAGUCAGCACCCAAGGUCAACACCCCACCUGCAGAUGACGAGAACAAACUGAUGGCCAAACCAAGGUUACAGAGGGAAGGCAGCUGCGCGUCACUGCACAACUCACUGAUGAGAAACAGUAUCUUCCAGCUCAUGAUACACACACUGGACCCUCUGAGCAAUGAAGGACGAUUUAAAGAGAAGGCAUCAAUUCUUCACAAAAUGGCAAAACAGAAGUGUAAAGAAGAACAGGUUGUUAGUACUAACGGUGUCGCAAUCAAAACCAUAUCUUCGAGUACAAAGGUUGCAGUAGAAGUCACCCCUCCAAUGAACGGUGUUGCAGGAGAUGAGAUGGGUGAGGAGGAGGAAGAUGAAGAUCAGCCUCUGAGCCUGGCCUGGCCUGACACCAACAGGAAACGUCUCACCUACCUCGUUAUCCUACCUAUUGUCUUUCCUCUUUGGCUCACAUUGCCUGAUGUCAGGAGAGAGAGCUCAGAAAAGUUCUUCCCAAUCACCUUCCUUGGCUCCAUCAGUUGGAUUGCUUUCUUCUCAUACCUGAUGGUGUGGUGGGCUCAUCAGGUUGGAGAGACAUUCUGGAUCACAGAGGAAAUCAUGGGUCUGACUAUUCUAGCAGCAGGCACUUCCAUCCCUGACCUCAUCACCAGCGUAAUUGUGGCCCGAAAAGGCCUCGGUGACAUGGCCGUGUCCAGCUCAGUGGGCUCUAACAUCUUCGACAUCACUGUAGGGCUUCCAUUUCCGUGGCUGAUCUACAACAUCAUAAAUGACUUCAAGCCAGUGGAAGUGAGCAGCAAUGGCCUUUUCUGCGCCAUCGUCCUCCUGUUCCUCAUGCUCCUCUUUGUCAUCAUCUCGAUCGCAGCCUGUAAGUGGAGGAUGAGCAAGCUGCUUGGCUUCCUCAUGUUCCUGCUCUACUUUGUUUUCCUCAUCGUCAGUGUCAUGCUGGAGGACAAAAUUAUAGUAUGUCCAGUAACUGUCUGAGAGAUGAGGCAUUGAUGCCACUUCAUAACUUAAUUUCAGCCGUGAGGCUGCAUUUUGUGGGUUGACACCUACUUGAAGAAACUGAUGGACCAGUUCCUUGAACAUUGACUGAACUGAGCAAGUCAAGAAGAGUUCAUCAGAGAUGCUGAUGUGUGUGGAAAAAUUGCACCGAUGAAAGCAAUGAAGUCUUUAUAUGAUUUAUGACAAGAGAAUUUGAGUGGACAUUAUUUUGUGUUUUGAAGCUCUGAGGCUACUGUUUUCAUAAUCAAGGAGGAAAAGGAGAGGCACGUGGACCAUACAUGUGUGAAGGCUAGGUAUUUAGAUUUGAAAUGUUGGAUUCCUGUACAUUGUCAUUCACUAGGGUUCAUCCGAAUAAUUUGCACAGAAUUGUUGUUUUAUUUCAUGAAUAACAAACAGGCUAUUGAAAAAUUCUCAUUGCAGAAUACAGAAUUUUAAUUGGUGGAGGUGUCCAUUAUUUUAUUUUCCCACUAACAGUAAUAGUAUAUAUUUAUACUAUAUGUUGGAAUUUGACCUUCUAGCCAGAUUGCCGGAAUCACGCCACCCGAACCAUCGCAACCACGCUAGCGCAAUUCCAACGAACCAGGCCAGCGCAAGCUCAAAAACCCAGCCAAAAGGCCAAACUCCGCGCAUUCACCUUAGUUUUAACCCUGUGUACUGACUCCAUUUUAAAAGCAGGUUUCGAAACUCAAGUUGACGAUUUAUUCCAAGUCGACAGCAAUUAAAACAGCAAGGCAAAACAGCAAACAGACCCAGACGAGAAGAAGGCAAAGUCAACAAUCAACAGGUAAACAAAACAUUCCCACGAAAAGCCAGCGCUAGAUAAAGAAUUCAGUCUUUUGAAGGCUCUUGUGGGCGGGCUGUGGUCCGGAAGAAGGGUGUGUUUGGGCAUUGUUUAGGGUUAUUGCCUGUUGUGGAUUGGGCAGGAAGGUUCGUGCGUUACUGUUGUCAGGGCAACGAGAGUUGAGGAUUUUGCCAGCCUCAGCGCCACUUGAGUGGUGAGUGGCAACUGGCUCAUCCGUUAUCAGAUGUUCCUUGUGUGAGGAGAUAAAGUCCUUCCAUUGUCCCGGACUGUCCAUUGUCGGUUACCAGAAGAGCUGAUGAUGACAUUUGGUGGUCCAGACGUGGGCUUGUGAGAUGGCCAUCCCCUGCUUGUCUCGCUCAGUCAGCUCUAUGACGCGCACGUUGGGUCUCCCAGUCAGCACAAUUCAGGGUCGGCUUCUGAAGUCAGCAGGCAUCCUUCUGUAGUUGUUAUCUCCCUUAUUUUUUGUUAAAGUAUGACUUAAAUGCAAUUUAUUUGACAAACCCCUAGCAAAAAGUAUGGAAUCACCAGUCUCGGACAAGCACUCACUCAGACAUUUUAUUAUGUAGAAGAAACUCAGAUAAAUUGAAAAAAUAAUAAAUUAGUUCUAGUACAACUCUUUAGCAUUCAGAAACACUAAAAGAAAUGAAUAACAAACAUUGUGGUGGUCAGUAAAUGUUACUUUUAUAGAGCAAGUGCAGGGAAAUAAAUAUAGAAUCACUCCAUUAAAAAAUAUGGAAUCACUCUAUUUUGUGUAGAAAAUACAGACACACCCAGUCAGUUUCCUUUCCUUAAUUGGGCCCCUGCUUCAGAUUAGAUCUACUCGUUAGUCAGCAGUUAAAAACAGUUAUCACACCUUGGAGGGCUGCUGGACCAAGUGGAUUCACAAAAAUCAUGGCUCCAGCAAGAGAAAUGUCUCUUGAGACAUGGAGAGGAUUAUCAAACUUUUUGAAGAAGGUAACGCUACACAUACAGUAUGGUUGCCAAAGAUGUGGGCUGUUCACAGUCGCUGUAUCAAAAAUCUGGACCAAAUACAAACAGCAUGGCAAGGUUGUUAAAGUUGAGCGAUGUACAACAAGACAAAUACAGAAGAAAUGGGAGGAAGCUGGAGUAUGUGACAGAACAGUGCAAAAUCACCUAAAGGCAAUUGGAAUUUCAUAAAGGAAAGCUAAAAGGAAACCAUCAUUGACACUUAAACAGAAAAGAACAAGAAUGAAAUGAGCUAAGGAGAGGCAAUCAUUGACUGUGAAUGACUGGAUGAAGGUUAUUUUCUCUGAUGAGUCAAAAAUCUCCAUUGGACAAGGUGAUGAUGCUGGAACUUUUGUUUGGUGCCGUUCCAGUGAGAUUUACAAAGAUCUCACUGGAAAACACAUCAAAAUUCCCUCAGUCCUUGAUGAUAUGGGGCGGCAUGUCAGGCAAAGGCACUGGGGAGAUGGCUGUGGUUAAAUCUUCAAUAAAUGCACAAGUUUACAUUGAAAAUAUGUUUGGGGAUAAUGAAAUCAUUUUCCAAGAUGACAAUGCAUCAUGCAUAAAACUGUUAAAGCAUUCCUUGGAGAAAGACUCAUCCAGUCAAUAUCAUGGCCUGCAAAUAGCCCAGAUCUCUACCCUAUUGAAAAUCUGUGGUUGAAAUUGAAAAAAUGGUCCACAACAAGGCUCCGACCUGCAAGGAUGAUCUGACAACUGCAAUCAAAGAGAGUUGGCACCACAUUGGUGAAGAAUACUCAUCGAGUCCAUGCCUCAGAGACUGCAAGCUGUCAUAAAAGCCAGACGUGGUUCAACUAAAUACUAGAGAUAUGUUUUGAUUGUUAUUUCUUUGUUUGUUUGUUUCUAAUGAAUCUUUCUAUUUUUCCCUCAAAAUGGAGUGAUUCUAUAUUUAUUUCCCUGCACUUGCGCUAUAAAAGUAACAUUUACUGACCACCACAAUGUUUUUUAUUCAUUUCUUUUAGUGUUUCUGAAUGCUAAAGAGUUGCACUUUUGAACGAAUUCAUUAUUUUUUCAAGCUUUUUAUCUGAGUUUCUUCUACAUAAUAAAAUGUCUGAGCGAGUGCUCGUCCGAGACUGGUGAUUCCAUACUUUUUGAUAGGGGUGUAUAUUGGGUGUGUUAGAGUAAUACAAACAGUAAAUACGGGUAAAGAUACUAUUUCCUUUAAUGACAUCUACAAACACAAAUUUGUUUUGGUAUGCCUUUAUAUGCAUCACAUCCUGGCAGUCACCCUCACGGACUUUCAUUACAAACAAAAGUACUGGGACUCCUACAGGAAAUGAAAAUGGAAGAAACAUGAAGUUGGUCAGAACACCAUGGUUUGUCUCAAGACUUUUGUCUGUGUAAUUUACAAAAUAACCAACUACUACUGUAACUAUGACUAACAAGAAAUGAAUUUGAGGCUCAAAUGAUCUGUUUAUUUUACAAAAGAGGAUGCAAAUAGUGUUUUGUUUGCAUACACUCAAAAGCAAAAAAGGUACUAAUUUCUUACUACCAGUAAUUACUAAUUUAAUUAGCAUCCUCACUUUACUUGAAUGGACGAAUAAAACGGUCAUUAAUUAGGAUGUCACAAUGAAAUGCCCUAUAAAGGCACAGCCAUGAUUCCUGAUUAACACCAUCCGCUGCAUUUUGUCUUGUCAUCCAAUCUAUUCUGUGCUUACAAAAACUUUUUUUAUGCAAUUUCAACAGUGCUUCAUACAUGUACUGUAUAGUCCAAGUGUAUGGUGGUGAGGUGCUGGAAUCUGUUUUUUUUUUUUUUUCAUAUUUAUCUAAAUAUUUGCUUGUGCGUUUCCCAUUUUUCUCUUGUUAUCAAUAUAAGAGUUUUUUUUUUUCUUUUCCGACACUUUUUAUUAUUAAGGUAAAAACAACAACAAUAACAGAGAAACACACUUGAUCUCCUAGUCAUCCCCCAACCUUCUCAUAAGUAUUUUAAUUGAACUCAUCUAAUAGUAUCAGAAUGUUUUAUUUUGCAUUUGUGUAUAUAAUUGUUUAAAAGUAUAUAUAUAUAUAUAUAUAUAUAUAUUUCAAGUCUGUAUAUCAUUAAGUUUGUUUUAGGCCGCUCAUGAAAUUGAAAUUGUUGCUUCGAUGAUUAUCCGUGAAUUAUGCAUGGGCAUAUGCCCAAGGAAAAAUAUCAACAGACCAUCGUUGGGUAUCAUGACCAAUACUAUUUUUGUAUUUCCAUCUUGUGCUAUGUAAGGAUGGUGAUGUAUUACAAUGUAACAAAUGUACUGUAUUGCUAAACUUAUUGUAAAAACUGUCAUUAUGAAAUAAAUGAAUACUGACCUCAAAAAAAAAAAAAGUUCAAAUGAACUACGACCGCCAGGCUCCCUAAAUGUAUGAUUAGCCAAGAGAAGUUAUCAGCACACCCAAAGGGCGCACGUGUGUGCUACAUGCUAACUCA